GGUCGAGAACCACGUGUUCCCAGUGGCGUGUUACGUUGCGUCGCGAGGGGUGGCUGUCGCGCGUCUCUUCGUGCCACUUGCAAAUAAUCGAGGGAUAAUCCGGGAAAGGGAUAACCGACGGCAGCUCCGAAAAUCACACGUGCGCGACGUGUUGCAAAGUUUUCUCAGCGACGUCGCGGACGACACGCGUGGAACCUUGUCGAAUUUGACGCGCGACUCGCACAUGUCAGACUCCGUGAAACGGAUGUAAACAGGAAUAGGGUGAAAAAGGCAAUAAUUCACAUUUUCUUUUCUUCUUUCCGUGUUAAACGAAGUUCAUUGCAACGGACGCGUUCGCAGAAUUUUCAUCGACGGACAGGCAUAUUCAUUUCCCUAAUGUGCUUUUAAUCUUUUGACGUAUGUGCGAGCUGUAAUGUACUGGAUGCGAGCGACGAAAUGAUUUAUUGCAAAGGGAUGAAUGAAAAUUGUCACAAGAUUCUCUGGUUUGGUGUUCCACGUUUUGGAUGAUCUCUGAUCGAUAAAAAAAAUUCUGACUGUGUGAUCGGAUUCGUCGGUUUCUUCAAUCCUCUCUCGAAUCGAUUCCAGGUGGUUCGCAAUUAUUGCUGCCCCAACGUGAUUGCAGGCCUUUGCGUCCCCUAGGUCGUUACUUGGACCGAUUCCAGGAAAACCCCCAAAUCUGUGGUGGUCCGACGUGAUUGAACAUCUCCGCAGUCCUUCGGUUUUUAUAUACAUAUUGCGAUAGUUCGCCAUCGACAAACUCGUGUUCGGUGAGCCAGAAUUGUCCAAGUGAACCUUGAAUGUCUUUAAUCUCGUCAGAGUUAUUGUUAACGUUUAAAUAAAUCAUCUUCGCACAUUCUUGAAACGAUAAGCGUUUAUCCAGCGCGAAGAUCGUACGACGUACUUCUAAUUGUGGCUGAACACGAAGUGAUCAGACAUAAGAUCGUGUCGAUUUUGUAAUUAGCCUGGGUGGAUAAGAGCCGGGAGCCAGGAUCGUUAUUGCGAAAAGACAGUGUCGUGUUCCGUAACGCAAAUGAAAGUAAAACUUGGAGACGCGAUAAUAUCUACAUAAUGGACAAUUUAGCAUUAUAAAUCUGGAGACUGUUUGAUCGCAACUACGUUUAUAUCAACUGAUUCACUGUUUGUUGCUCGGGUUUGAAAAAUCAUCCGUCUUUGGCGGAUCGGUGGAGAACGUUCUUUAUAUCUUCCCUAGCUCCUCGUUCUUUCGACAACGAGUGGUGAACUGUUCCUCGAAUCAUUCCAACACCAUUGGGGAUCUCUGGUACCAUGGUGAACGUUUCGGGUUAUCGGCGGUGGCGGCGCCUGGAUAGACCGGAAGUGCAAGAGAUUUUCCACCGUCUCGGAGAUUACCGCGCUCGUACCGCGCUUUAAUAACGAACGAACAGUGGUGAAACGGGAAUCGAGGGAGGAAGGAAGGACAGAGGCGAGAGAGAGAAGGGAGGAUAAAAAAGAAGCGGUGCACGGCCAGAGAAUGCGCGGGUGCCGCAGGUGUUUUAAUUAAUGUUUAAUUAGAGACGAAAACAGGACGCACAGCAGCGGUGCCGCGGUGGUACCAAAAGCGCUUUAUUGCUGGUAGAUUGGCGACCGCGCGUCGGAGCCGGGAUAUUUGACAGAGUAGGCGACGGGGGAUGCGCCUUUUAAGUGGAUCGAAAGAAAACAUUUAUUAUCGGCUAUCUGUGUUGAUAUUUCGUCGCUGCGUGUCUUUCGUAGAAAUUUAAAAAAACGCGCGAGUGAGCGAAGCUAGUCGUGAACGUAGUGAUAAUCGCCAGUCGCGAGUACAGAUCGCCUCUUAUGACUCCAACUCGGACGAGAAGGGGAUGGUGCCGGUCGAGCUGAUGAUCGUGGCGUAAAUGCCCGUGAGUGAUUCCAUGACUAUUGAAAUGAUGACUUAACGUGGGUAGCAGGACGCGAACACAGUCGGCUCGUAGACGAGUUGACCGCAGAUCGGUUGUGCUGGAUCGGAGAGGAGAGAGGGAGAGAGUGCGUAUCCCCGCACACGGCAUCGUUACAUCGCAAUCUUUUCCGUCACCAGGAUUUGCGCGGAAUAACAAGAGAACAUGUGGAGUGUAGUGCUGUUGUUCCUCGGACUAAUGAAGGCUGCCUCGUAUGUUGCUGGGAGCGGUAUCACCGUCGACGAGAAAUCGGUUCCGUUGGUGAAUAUCAGCGUGGUCGAAGGGAGGCCUGCCGAAUUGCCGUGCGACAUAACUCCUCCCGGCGAAGACAUGCUGCACAUGGUUUUCUGGUUUAAAGACGAAGCCGGAGUACCAUUGUACACAAUUGACGCGCGAGAGAAGCCAGUGACGAAGGCGCAACACUCGUCAGACUCUGGGGUUUUCGGUCCACGCGCCUUUUUUCGAACGUCCUUUCCGAGCCCGGCGGUUCUGGUGAUCGACGAUAUAAAGCGACACGACGCUGCAACCUACAGAUGUAGAGUGGAUUUCCGGAAGGGCCAGACGCGCAGCUUCCGGUAUAACUUGACCGUGAUCGUUCCACCGGAGCAGCCAACCAUUUUGGAUCGAUGGGGCCGCAUCUUGAACGGCACAGCUGGCCCUUAUGAGGAAGGCGAUACACCCUAUCUCACGUGUCGCGUCACGGGUGGUAAGCCACAACCAAUGGUUAGAUGGCUCAUAAACGGCCGAGUGAAAGACGAGGAAUACGAAAAUAAUGCUGGAGAUGUAAUCGAGAAUAGAUUAACGCUACAGCCCAUCAAUCGCUCUGACCUCGGUUCAAACUUUACCUGCGAAGCGCGCAACACGGACUUGGUGGAUCCGAAGGAGACAUCGAUUUCCCUGGACCUCAAUUUGAAACCUUUAUCUGUGAUCAUAAGAAGACUGGGUAGGGAAGUAAUCGGCAACGAGUCCCUCCUAGCGGGGAAGCGGUAUGACGUGGAGUGCGAGACCGCUGGUUCAAGGCCACCUGCGGUGAUAACCUGGUACAAGGGUCGGAGAAGACAGCUGAAGCACACGACGGAGGAAAGAUCUGAGAAUCGAACCGUCAGCACGGUAGAGUUCGAGCCGGGUGUGGAGGAUGAUGGGAAAUCUAUCACCUGCCGAGCAGAGAAUCCAAACGUGACCGGACUCUUCGUCGAGAAGUCCUGGAAGAUCGACGUCGUAUAUCCGCCGAUAGUAUCGUUAAACCUCGGAUCGACCUUAAGCCCAGAGGACAUUAAAGAAGGGGAUGACGUAUACUUCGAGUGCCACAUUAGAGCCAACCCUUCUUGGUCCAAGCUCGUCUGGAUACAUGACAAUCAAAUCCUGGCGCAUAAUACGUCGGCGAGGAUUAUCUGGUCGAAUCAGAGCCUCGUCUUGCAAAGUGUAACAAGAAGCAGUGCUGGUCGCUACGUCUGCGCUGCAACGAACGCUCUGAACGAGACGCGCAGCGAGCCGCUGCACUUUCGAGUGAAAUUCGCGCCGGUGUGCAAGGAGGACCGAAUUAUAGUGGUCGGCGCAUCGCGAGGUGAGUCGCUUGACAUCGCCUGUAGGGUCGAGGCCGAUCCGCCGGCGCACAAUUUCCGGUGGAAAUUCAACAACAGCGGCGAGACCCUGGAGGUAGCACCUGCUAGAUUCUCCAUGGAGAAGUCGAGCGGCGUCAGCGUGCUGAGAUACACACCGUCCACCGAGCUGGAUUACGGUACCCUCUCGUGCUGGGCGGACAAUGUCGUCGGUACUCAGUCGAGACCGUGUCUUUUUCAGCUGGUAGCAGCCGGGAAACCGUUUCCGGUACGCAACUGCACCUUGGCGAAUCAGACGUAUACCAGCGUAGAGGUGAAAUGCGUGCCGGGAUACGACGGCGGGCUACCGCAGAAAUUCGUCCUGGAGGUUUAUCACGGCGACGUCGAUUACCUAGCCAGCAGCCAGCCCCUCUACAACGUCUCCAACCCGGACGAGCCGUCCUUUGCCCUCGCCGGGCUGGAGGCCUCGGUCGAGGCUGGGGUCCAUGUGGCGGUUUACGCGGUAAACGCCAAGGGUCGAAGUCAACCCGUCAUUCUCAGCGAGGUCACGUAUCGCGAUGCUGAAAAACGCACCGGUCAGGACGCCGGCAUCGUGUUGUCGCCGCUGAUAGGCGUCGUGGUUGGCGCCCUAGUGACUCUGGUGCUCAUCAUCCUGGUAGUGGUGGUCAGAGUACGUCGGGAGCGCGUAGCAAAACCGCGGCACGAGAAACCGGCGGAACUCAGCGAGUUACCGCCCCAACAAUACCCCUUGCAGAAUUCUCAGCAGACCGUGGAGACUGAUCCCGACGUGAUCCCGAACAAGUUCGAGGGUAACCUCGUGGAGGUUAGCCCACCGAGUUAUCCAGGCGGUUAUCCCCCGGGACACUGGGUCACGCCCGGACCUACGCCAAGCAUAGACGAGCUCUGCCACAAGUUCACGGGGAGGCCGACCGAGCUGAGGUUACCGUCGAGGAGCACGAUACCGAGCCUGCCAGGGAUGCCGGGAAUGCCGGUGACGGGGGUGAUGGUGGGUGCUGGCCAGGGCGUCGUAAUCGGUGGCGCCCAAGGCGUCGUCGUGGGCGGCGGACAGGGUGUCGUCGUGGCCGGCGAAUGCCUCGACGGCGAGGCGAUCAAACGAAGACUGAUGGCGAACAGGCUGCCGGAAAGCUGCGUCUAGAAGCUCGACUCGUCCGCAGCUGACAUGGGGUACCAUCGUCAUCGCCGUCGUUGUCGUCGUCCCGACAGCGAUCAAGAAUAAACGACUACCGCGUGCGGCGCGAUCGAAGAUCGGAGGCCGGCACGAGAUCCCAGCGAGAGGCGAGGCUCGAACGUGCUCGAGAGUACUCGUUGCGUAUCUAAGAACGAUUUCGAGGUCCCGCUUCCCGAGAAAGCGUUUGCGUUGUCCGUUUUCGUGACAGCCGCCUGUUAGCUUUAACGUGUUUGCUAACGAUCUCCAGCGCGAUCGACUCGUUCGGCGAUACGAGGAAAGGACUCGCUACAGCGGGGUAGUUGGAGCGAUCGAUCCCGGGCGAUAGGAUGCCCUGGACGCCCGGGAUACGUUACGUGUCGGGGUCGGGGAUCGACAUUAUGUCUCGCGAACAAUUGAUUUCGCUCGAGUCCGAUCAGUCCGGUGCCGUCCGAUCCGAUUUUCCGAUUCGAGGCGACGCGCGACGGCGACGGAAGGGCGAGUUCUCGUGGUAUCGGGCGUCGGGCAUAGUACCGAGUCCCGAGUCCACGUCCGCGAAAUUAAGAGAGACACCGUCCGUCGCGAUUGUUUCCGAAACACGAUCGCCGCGCCAGUUUCUCCCUCGGGGAGCGGGAGAAAGGGGCGGAGGUAUGCGAAGAAGUUAACCGAAAACUCGUCCAAGUUUCUUCACCCCGCCUCGUCAGGUAUUGCGAAGUUCUAACAUUCUGUUUUCGGUCGUCGACUUAACCGUCUUUGCCCUCCUUUUUGUUCCAAACCGGGAUGAUCUUCGACGGUGUGUCUUCUCGAAUAUUUCUCCAAGUUCGCUUCUCUCCUUUAUGGCGGUCGCGGAUCGCGGACCUUAAAGAGAGAACGGAAAAUCGAAUCGCGAGUUGCUCGAACGAGAGCUGCUCGGAUUGAACACCGAAUUUAAAAUACGUUUUCAAGAAGUAUCUCGACGGAAGAACAUCAAAAUCCAACCCUUUUAUUCCAACCACACUUUUGGAAUUUUCUCCAACAGAAUCAAUUUUUAUUUCAUGUACGGUGCAAAAAUAAUUCUACUUUUUUUUCUUCUUUUCAUUUCCAGCCAAUUAAGUACAUUUAUUUUACUAAAUGUUUUUUGACCUCGGAUAAUUUUUCUCCGGCCGCAUUAAUCGUUUGUUCGAUCCUUCGUUCGUUAUUAUUCCUUUUGUCUUCUUUUUUUUUUAUUUCUUAUAUAUAUCUUCCCGUGAAACCGCGAAACCGCUAGCAUCUCGCGACGUCCCUAAAUAAAUCCGAAUCCUUAUACCAACGAAACGUUGGUCCGGAAGCAUCAGGCCGUGAAACACGAGAAAAGAUAAAAGGCUCUCGAACGAACCCCUUUUCCGAUGGCUCGAAUGAAGACGAAUGGAGGAACCGCGCGAAAAUAUACCGGGGAUAGAGGAGGAACCGAGGAGAAGUCGAGAGGAGGGUGAGAGGAGGGCGGGAGGGAAACGCGGACUGAAAAGAAGAAAGGGAAUGCUCGAUGCCACUUUGGCGUGUAGUUUGAAGGCGUGAAAUGCGGUUUUAAGGUUGAACGAUCAGCUCCGAUAUCGCGAUAAAGCGAGAGGAAGGGGAUGGGAAACGAGGCGGGCGUCGAUAUCCUGUUUAAAUUCUCCGAAUUCGAUAUUUUUGGGCACAACUUUCACACAUCGCGGUACCGAUAGUACCGAGCGAAUGCGGUCGAUGAUAUUUACGUUCGCGCGAUAUUGCGUAUGUGAAUAAUGAUAACGAUAUAUUAAAAUUCAAGAAAAUCCUUGAGAUGAAAGUAAAGCGCUCGUGAAUUGUCUACAUAUCGAACGCGUCUACAUAUCGAAUUUUGAGAUCGUAUCGAUCGCGUAGUCUCACUGCCAGUUUAAUUUUUACGAUCUCGAAUAGAAAGAAAUAAAUUAACGGGCAGUUGAGAGAAGAGGCAACCCUCUUGUCCCAUCUCGAGAGAGAUGAAAAACCGAACUACGCCGAGCCGCGUAACGUACAAAGUGAAAACGAUUCUUACGGAAACAAGACCAGGCGCACAUUACACUCUAUUGGUAAUUGUGAUAGAGCAUUUAUAAAUUUUUCUACCGCUGAUAUGAGUUUUCUGUACUGCCCGCUGAAUGAUAAAAAAUACUGUUAUUACGAGACUUGAACACUCUCAAACACGUUCUAAAAAGCAUUCUCACCGGAGUGUGUGCGUGUGUGUGUGUAUGCGUAUGUGUAAAUAUAUACAUAGUUUUAAUGAAUCCUUUAAAUCGUUAUUCGCGUUCGAUUCGCGACGAGAGAGAGAGAGAGAGAGAGAAAUUGAAAGAGACACGGUGCCGUAGCAUUCGCGACAUUCUAUGCGUUCUCGCGCGCGAAGAGAGCUUCACUUUGUAAGGUUUUGCAAAAACUGGUCUUCCACGUGACACUUCGCGACGAAGUCGUGAAACUUCUACGGCGAGAAUGGAACUAACGAAUCGACGAAAAGCGUAUCCCUAAUGGAAACGAUAUAACGCGAACUUUACCUGUGGAAAAGUUUGCGCUCGCUUCGGAUGAUCGAUAGACUCGUAAUGUGUAAAAAGAAAACGAAAAAGAAAACAGAAAAAAAAGAAAAAGAGAGAGGAAGAGAGUGACGGACCGAGGAAUGAAUAACGAGUGUCGCGUCGGCGACGCGAAAUAGUCGGUUACGGAAUACAGGAAGCGAAUAACGUCGAAUCAAUCGUCGAGUGCCUGUGUUUCGAUGUGUAUAAAGAGAUAAUGGUCAAAUACGAUGGUUGCUCGUUAACUAAUGUAUCGCUGUAUAUAUUAUAUCACGGGAGAGUCUAACGAUAGAUUGACGACGUUCACGUUUUCGAGAGGAAGAGAUAAGUUGGGCGAAACGACUUGUCGAGCGUCUCGUUUAACUUUCCGUCGCCUGCCCGCGCGAGGGCGGAAUUGUUUUUAUCGGCGUUUAUGUUUGACACGAAAACGCUCGACAACGCGCUUCACCGAGAUCUUUUAAAUUCACUGCCCACCGUACAAUCGCUUCGUCGCGUCGCGAUUUUUCGACGAUGCCAAGACCGGAUUUUGGUGUGCAUAUAGACGUUGAAAGAUAAAUUUUUUAAUUCUCUUAACACUUUUAUGGCGAAUAAAACGUAGCUUCGUUAUUUCUCUGUCGCACAAUUGUUCUCCCUUGUCAAGAAAACAAAGAAUCCUGUUUUAUUUUAUUUUAUUUUAUUUUAUUUUAUUUUCUAGGCGUUCGAUAAUUUUGAAGAUUUUAAUAAUUGAUGCUGAACUUUUUACGUAAUCUCUUUCUUAACCAGUUUGUGACAAUCCCUUGAAUCUAUCCAGACAGCACGCAUAUCUAAAAGAUAUCUUUUCGACGCGUUUAAAUCUCUUUUAGAUGUCUUUUAGACAUACGUGCUGUCUGGGUAGCAAUCGUUAUCUAACGAUCGUCGAAAAAUUAUCGAGAGCGGUCGAUCCAACGGCACAUAUCUUUCACGUCCACGCGAAUUUGUUCCAAGUUUAUGAAUGUGAGAGAGAGAGAGAGAGAGAGAGAGAUGAUGAUGGAGGUGACGCAUUAAAGCAGACCGAGAGAGUUAGAAUAAGACAAAGUACUACUGCUCGUAUUCAUUUUGUAAAAGUGGAGAAUGUCGGAGAUAUAUCAAUCUUUUUCACACACAUGCGCAAGGAUCUUAUUCAGCGAGCGUGUUGCGAGAAGGAUCGCACGAAAGUAGAUACCGAAAGUCACGUUCUCGGUUGACGUGACCCAACAAUCAAGCGCAAAGAAGAGAACAAAAAAGAAGAAAAGUAACAGUAGCGAGUAAUGUGACUGUACAUAAUCAACUGUACGUAACGACGCGAGAGAGUCCAUGUAAUCGAUCGGCGGUCGUAAGCCCGAACCUCAAGUUCACUGUAUAGGUGAUUUCAUAUCAGACACAUCUCAACCCUCGGAAUCCUCCCUUGCUCCCUUCCUCCCUUGUCCGUCACCCCCGACCCGAUAUCGUUUAACUAACUCGUAUGUAUAUACUACACCAUGUUUUGAUCUGAAUAAACUGUUUAAUUG